UUUAUAUUUUCCAAACCCAGAUAGAACAGAAUGGAAGGUGACUGGCAGGACUAUGAAGACUAUGGUGACAUGAUGAUGGAAGAUUAUCUUCCAUCCUUAGAAGAUCUGGAAGCAAUGGGAAUCGACCCUGAACAACUUCGUGAUCUUCCUGAUGAGGCACUCUAUCAACUCAUUCAACAGUACAUGAUGGAUAACAACCAAAUGUAUGAUUAUGCUCCGGGAUCUGAUAUGGGAGCAGAAUCAGAUUUCUCUCACAUUCAGCAUAUCAAAGAUUGUUCAAUGUCUGUUGCAUUGCAAGGAAUUCACCUUAUGCUCCCUCUCUUUCUACUUUGUGUAAGCUUGAGAGUGUCUGCUGUACUAGAAAUUUCCAUAAAUUUUCUUCACAUGGUGUGUGCAUGUUCUGGUCUGUAUCUGAUGUGGAUAACAUUCCAGGUGGAUGCUGCAUACAUUAUCUGUCUUGCUCUACUUGGUUAUAUCCUGCUGUAUGCCCUUAUUCGCAUUGAUGUCAAACAGAAAGGACCUAUCUUAGCCAUUUUAUGCAUCAUUACCGUCAUUUCAUUGGAGUUGUUUGUAGCGGAUCCUGUAAGUUGGCAUAAAGUUAGAGGUGCACAGAUGAUUUUAUUAAUGAAAGUGAUUUCAGUAGGCUUUGAUCUAGACCAAGGGAUAUUGUCCAGUCUGCCUGAUAUCUUUGAAUACUUUGGCUAUACUUUCUGUGUUGGAACAUGUAUCUUUGGUCCAUGGGUGAGCUUUAGCAACUACAUGGCAAUGCUACAACCACACCAGCUGAAUCUACAGUGGUUUGUCCAUGUUAUUACCAAUGCAUUAUUAGCUAUUCUGUGCCUUCUGCUUUCAGUGUGUGUAACACCUGUUCUAUUUGCCAGCUACAAAGCAAGGUGGUUGAUGGCAUACAGUGAUGCUGCUUCAUUUCGAUAUAGUCAUUACUUUGUGAGUUAUCUAUCUACUGCAUCUAGUGUACUAGCUGGAUAUGGUGCAGUAAAAGAUAGUGAUGGAAAUACCAGCUGGGAGUUCUCGGUGGCUAAGCCCCUUCAUAUAGAGAUUCCAAGAUCACUUGUCGAGGUGGUAACUAACUGGAACCUACCCAUGCAUUAUUGGCUGAAAAAUUAUGUUUUCAAAACGAGUCGAAACUUUGGCAACUUUAUUGCAGUACUUCUGACAUAUGCUGUCAGCUCAAUCCUUCAUGGUCUUAACUUUCAAUUAGCUGCUGUUCUUCUUUCUCUGGGAUUCUAUUCAUAUUCAGAACAUGUAUUCAGACAUAAAUUGGCUGAUAUAUUCAGUGCCUGUAUUAGGGCAAGGAGAUGUAGAGAAGAGUGCUCACAUUAUUAUAAGAAUACCCAUCCAUGUGUGAUUACAAUCAAUAUUAUGUUUGGCCUCUUGGCUGUAUUUCAUCUAGCAUAUCUUGGAGUUAUGUUCAAUACAGAUGCAGAAAUACAAGAAGAGGGUUACACAAUGGAACACACACUUAAGAAGUGGUCCGACCUUGGCUAUGCUAGUCAUUAUGUAGUACUUGGAACAUUUCUCUUCUACUGGCUAAUCAAGUGAUCUUUCAACUUUUUUAUAUAAUCAUGAGUAAAACUACGCACAAGUCACUGUUCAAUAUACAAUUUUCACAUAUGUAUAUAUUUGGGGAAAGAAUGUAAUUGUUUUCCUCUUCCUGUUUAAUUGCCAACUAAUGCAAUAAAUGUGUGUUUUUUUUCAACUGAACAGUGAUCAAAAGAUUUAAUAAUCCUUUGCAUCAAACUGCCUCAGGACCUCUAUCAUACCGAUAGACAUGUCUUAUAAGGACAUGUACAGUACAAUUUUCAGUUUCUCCUUCAGUCAUAGAUAAGAACAAGGCAACAGAGAACUAUCAGAAAUAUUUCACAGUGAUUUUGGAAUUAUGUAAUGAUUCUGUAAGAUCACCAUUGGUUGAUUGUAACCACCUUUACAAGAAAUGGAAUGUUCAAUACCAUGAAGCUCUUCUGAGAAAUAAGGGAUUAACUUGAGGUAUAAUUUGGCUAUUGAAGCUCCAAGACCCUCCCAUUUUGUUAUUUCCAAGUGACAAACAGAGGGCUAAAAAUAAUUGAAAUUUACAGAAAGAGACAUCAAAUUAAAUUACCCCCAAAGUUUGAACAUCCCUUUUAUUGGUAUGAAUAAAGACUAAUAAAAGAGCUUAACCAGUUUUUUAAAGAAGAUUAAAUUAAGGGAAAUAUUUCAGAACUUCUUGUUAGUGCAUCCACAUUCUUAUGGUUGGUAGCUUUAAGAAAGAAUACUGAAAACUGUAAUGUGAUCAUUCUAACCGAAAGACUAUUAAUAAGUUUUAUAAAUCACAUGCAACCAUUAUAUUUGUGUAUUUUUUAGGUUAAGGUGAUAUACAAGUAUGCUUAUUAUGAAUUGUGAUUUGACAUCAAGCAGAGGAAAAGUUACAUACAAAUCCCUUUUCAAUGUUUUUAAAGCCUAGGUGACCAUCUUACAGAAAAGUUCAACUUUAUUGUGAGUUUUUGAGAUAGUAGGUCAUACAUGUAUAUGAACCAUAUCAUCUGUCAUUCACAGCCUUUGGGACUUCAUAGUCCAAAUCAUAAAAUGGAGUUUAGUAUGUAUUUUGUUAAAAUGAAGGGACAUUUGUAGCAUAAGUUAAUACUUGUACCUGAAAACCUGAACUUUUGAAUACUCACUUUAAAUGGGGUUGUGCAUCCUGACAAUAAGUUCAAACAUUAUAGCAAAAAUAUUGGUGGAGGUUUGAUGAUUAUCCAUCAAAGAAUACUGAAGGGAGAUAUGAAUUUCAAAAGUUUUGAAUAUAUGAUGCCAUAUAUGAGAGCAGCUCCCACAUAUAUCAUGUACCGGUAAUGUGAAUUUUAAUAAAUUCAAUUCAAUAAAAAAAAAAUUCUUGUAGAAGGGGAAUGAAAUGAUAAUAAGAAUAAUAAUAUAGGUUAUUUAUAUUGCGCACAUAUCCACCUUGUUAGGUGCUCAAGGCGCUCCUAUAUUACCCGGCUAAGCUAGGCGUUCAUAGCGCACACAGCUUUUUAAGGAAUUACUUCCUACCGGUACCCAUUUACCUCACCUGGGUUGAGUGCAGCACACUGUGGAUCAGUUUCUUGUUGUGUUUGAUGUGUUUGAUACAUCCACUGCACAAAUAUAUAACCUUCAAUUUUUUUUUAGAAAAUAUAAUUUUAAAAAUUUUCAUAUCACAACAUAUGUCGGAGCUGCUCAUCAGUGAUGUCACAAAAACAAAACUUUAUGAAUUCAGAACUCGUAUUUUUCUACAGAUUUUCAUCAAACCUUCACUAAUAUUUUCAAUUUUUUUCUGCUUUUAUUUAAACCAACUUAUUGUCAGGAUGAACUUUCCCCUUUAAUUGGAUCUUAAGGGUCAAGUCCACCCCCAGAAAACUGUUGAUUUGAAAAAUCAAACAAGCAUAACGCUGAAAAUUUCGUCAAAAUCGGAUAUAAAAUUAUGACAUUUUUAAGUGUUGCUUAUUUUUUCACAAAACAGUUAUAUGCACAUCUCAGUGACAUAUUUCUUUUUUUUAUUGUUUGAAUUAUACAAUAUUUUAAUCUUUACAGAUGUGACAAUAAAGACCAACUUGACUUCACCAUAAACUGUUAAAAUAAUGGUAAUUCCAUAUGUUCAGGGAGGAAUAAAAUUUUGUUUCACUGACAAUGAGGAGAAAAUUAGAAUAUUUCAUAUUUCAUAUAAUGAAAUACAAAAGAAAUAGAGAGUAGGUGAUGUAAUCAGUCUGCUCAUUUGCAUAAGGACCAGGAUGUGCAUAUACCUGUAACUAUUUUGUGAACUUUGAUAAAAUGUUCUAACUCCCUUAUUUUACAUCCGAUUUUGAUGAAACUUUCAGUGUUAUGCUUGUUUGAUUUUCUCCUUUUAUUCAAAUUGACUUUUUGUUGGGUGGACUUGUCUUUUAAAUAAUUAUUGUGCAGAGCUGAGACAUGUAUUGAUGUUUAUUUAAUAUGCUGCCAUAUUUCUUUAUCAUGUAAAGGGUAUUUAAAUGCUGCAAAUUUUUAUGAAUAAUAGAAACUCUCAUAAUGACUUAUAGGCUGUUACCAUUCUUUGUGAAAGCAUCAUGGUUUAGUGUUUCCAACUCGUGUCUUUUCAUUGAAGAAAAGUAGAGUUUCAAGUUGUUCCAAUGACAUAUAUUUUUUGUCAGCAAGGCACUCAUCUACAUUGUCAGAGGGAAAAAGUCAGGGAAUUAGGCAAUUAUUUUUGUUUCUGUACUGAAUAUAUUAUAUUUCCAUGCUCAGGCUGGCCCUUCAUGGCAUUUACAUCAGGUUCACAGGUCAUAAAGAGUGUUAUCAAUAGCAAAUUUAAAAUUGAUUCAUCAAAUUUGCUAUCAGUCAAUGAAAUCAUGAUUUCAGGAUUAUUUAACAGUGAGCUUGAUUAUGUAAUUUCAAUUUUAUGACUUUGGAAUCUACUUUACUACCCUCUAAUAAUGUAGUUUACAUCAUAUGAUCAAUGAGUCAUAAAAACUUACAUUUUUAUGCCCUGAAAGACUUUGAAGAUGAAAGGGUUUUGAAAAUUAGUAAGUGUAAUAUUCCUGAAAUUUCUGUAUUUGAUUCAGAUCAAACAUUGGUUUUAUAUCUUAUCUCCUUUCUUCAUAUACACAUUUUAUCAUGUACACGUUAUAUUGCCAUAUAUUUUAUUUAGAACAAUGUCGUUAGGCGAUGCAUGGUCCUACAAUAAAAUCUUAAGAAUGCUGAUAAUCAUAACUUCAAAUGAUUACGUUUCAUGAUUAUUAAUUGUUAACAUUCUAACAAAUUAUCAUGAAAAUUUGUUUCCUUUUUAUUGAUACACCCCAUAAUGUGAGGAUUUCAUGUAUGUUUAAAAAGUGUGAUUUUUUCUCAGUUCUUGUUGUGUAUAAAUGUGUAUAAAUAUAUGUUUACAUUUUAUUGACCAAUGCUCAGGUGAUGGGUGCUUAUAAUAUGAUGAUUCUUUGUUUUUAAUGUUUAAUCUAAAUUUCUGAUGUGGAUCAAGUACAAUGGAUGAAAGAAAUCCCAAACUUGCAUGCCCUUAAUAGCAGAAGCAUAAAAAUCUUACAAGCAUUCUAAAUGUUUGACCAAAAAACAGAUAAAUUUUGAACAGAUUAGAUGUGAAAAUUUAAAAUGGCUAAAUUGAAAAUUGGCAAAAUAAUAAAACUACUACAUGUAAUUACUUCUUGUUUUUAUUGGCUCUUUAAAAUGAAAUCUAAAUUUCUGCUCUUAAACAGAAAAUUAAACUACUCUGCCUUAUAUCUACUAUGUGGAAUGAAUUAAGGAUUAUCUCCUGACAUACACUGUAUAGAAAUUAAUAUUUUCCUAAAUAUUUGAGAAAAUUUAUUUGUCAUUUUUUAUUUGAACAGAAUGAAUGGUAGAAAUCACGUGUCAUCAUGCAAUUUUCCUUUGCCUUUUCAGUUCUGUUUUUCCUUCAAAGUGCAUAUAAGUAUUUGGAGUUUCCUUUGGUUAACGCUUAACCAAAUAUGAAACUGUCCAACUUGAUAAUACACUUUAAAUGAAGUGAAUGCUUAGUACAAUCAACACUAACAAGAAUAUGCCAAUUUAUUUUAACAUUUGUUUAAUGUAUUGCGUGAAUUUGAAUUGUUAGGAUAGUGAGAAACAGCUAAUAUCCAAUUAUUCAUUCGAUCUUUGUUGACCCAAGCUUCUCUUGUGUGUUGUUGCUUGUAAAUUAUAGUCGGUAUGUACCCAACACAAUGUGUGGUGUUGUUUUUAGUUUAAAUCAAUUCUAGUUUCAUAUUAUAUUCAUUUUGCAGUUGAUAUUUUCUUUUUUUCAUGGACGAUUAAACUCAAAUAUGCCAUGCAUUACUUUUUUAGCAUCUGUAAGAUAAUUAUUAUUAUUGACAUGCAGAUAAUGCUACUCAUUUCUCCUUGAGAAAAUCUAUUUAAUCUUCUUGUACUGAGUAGUGUAGAAGAUAAAUAUUCCAG